CACAAUGCAUGAAAAUGAGAAGAACGAGAUUUACGUCGGAAUCCAUUUUCCGUAUUAUUAUAAGAAAACAUUACGCUGCCCUAUUUUAUUGCAUGAUACCAAAAUUGAUUCUAUCCAAGCCCACAAUAACAAAUAAAGUAAUAAAACUAUGCAUUUGCAUGCUUAUAUUUUAAAUCGGCCGCGUCUGACAAGCGGCGGUGGAAAUAUUUAGGUGCAGCUAUACUGUAAAUAGCGCAUUGCCGCCUGCAAUUAGUGCCUUAUAGAUUUUAUGGCUGCAUGACAGCUUUUAAAAUCAAGGUCGCACAGGUGUAGAAAGCCUGCCAGGAUAGAUCUCUACAAAUCGCACUAUGCUUCCAGUGUGUGAUAUUGGUAUUGCAGAAAAGAAGGCAAGCGACCUUCUAAGAAGUGCGCGCAUCUGUGAAAUGUAAAUAUAUGAAAUGCAAUUAUGGAGACCUGUUUUAUAUUUCAAAAGAAGUGUAAAAAGACCAACGAAAAAAUAACCAAAACAAGCAGAAUUGCAAAAUAUCCACCAGCUUGCGUGCGAGU